CAUAUAAUAGUUAAUAUGACAGCAGACAAAAGUUCAACAGAAGCAAGUGAGGGGGAUGCCAUUAAAGUGUUUGUGAGAAUUCGCCCCCCUGAUUCCUACGACAAUGACCGUGGUUGUCAGCCUUGUGUGUCUGUCAAUGACAGCAAGACGGCAGUUAUUGUUCAAAGCAAACCAGAUCCAAAAACAUAUACAUUUGAUCAUGUUGCAGAUUAUCAAGAUACACAGGAGUCGGUUUUCACCAUCAUGGGUAAGAAAAUAAUUGAGAGCUGCGUAACAGGGUAUAAUGGAACCAUAUUUGCCUAUGGCCAAACAGGGAGUGGGAAAACAUACAGCAUGAUAGGUCCAUCAGAUGAUGUAGACAAUUUCCAGCAUGACCUAAGGGGAGUCACUCCAAGAAGUUUUGAAUAUUUGUUCAAUUUGAUUAGUGAAAAACAGGAAAAUGGAUCAGAAUUCCUUUUGAAAUGCUCAUUCCUGGAGAUCUACAAUGAGCAGAUAUAUGACCUUAUGGAACCCUCCACAAUGACCCUUCACCUGCGGGAGAAUAUGAAGAAAGGUGUAUUUGUGGAUAGACUUACUGAGAUCUCAGUAACUACGGCACUUGAAGCCUACGAGGUUUUAACAUCUGGUUGGAUCAAUAGGCGAGUAGCAUCUACUUCAAUGAAUAGAGAGAGUUCCAGGAGCCAUGCUGUGUUCACCAUUCAAAUUGAAUCAAAGCAACCUCAAGGAAAAGGAGUAAAAAAUUUGAAGGAGUCUCAGUUGAAUUUAGUUGAUUUGGCUGGGAGUGAGAGGCAGAAGGAUACUAAUGCAGUAGGACAGAGAUUAAAGGAGGCCGGAAGUAUCAACAGGAGUCUGUCUAUACUGGGGAAUGUCAUCAUGUCUCUGGUCGACAUCGCUCACGGUAAAUCUCGACACAUUCCCUACAGAGAUUCCAGGCUAACCUUCCUACUCAGGGAUUCUCUUGGAGGCAAUGCUAAAACACAUAUCAUCGCUUGUAUCCAUCCAGGUUCCAAAUCCUUUGGGGAAACACUUUCAACUCUACAUUUUGCAAGGAGAGCAAAAAUGAUUAAAAACAAGGCUGUUGUGAAUGAGGACACUCAGGGAAAUGUCAUUUCUUUACAACAAGAAAUCAAGCGUCUCAAGGAACAACUCUCUGCUUUCAUGAACGGAAAUCUUUCAGCUCAAGUGAUACCUACAGCAGCACCAUCAGCAGCACCUAGUUCUGUAACAGAUUCUGAAUGGAGAGAGAGAUUUGUCAGCUGUAUGCUGUUUAGGGAAAAGGCUGAUCAACAAAAUCAGAUUUUACAAGAGAGAAUAGAACAGCUACAGGAUCUAUGUAAUAAAAAGGACAAAUGUCUACAGAGCAGUAAAAUGAUUGUGAAAUUCAGGGACAACAACAUUUCACGACUGGAGAAGAUAGUGAAAGAAAAACAUGACGUCCAACCUGCCCUGCAACAGACCAUUGAAGACUUGAGAGCAGAGGUAGAGACUUUAAAAUAUCAAAUAGAACACAAUCCAAAGAUCUCCAAAUAUGCAGCAGACAUACAGCACUUAAAGAAUGAACUGAAACUCGCCAGGUCUCAGAGAGCUGACUCGCAGCAACUGGACAAUAAGAAAAUGGAGGAGUUGGAGCAGCUGUAUAGAAAACUGGUGGAGGAACAGAGGGUUGAGGAAAAUUUCGGAACUCAAACUCCUAAGCUCACUCCAGCAGUUACAGAUAACAUCUCUAAGGCAACCGUAGAAAAAUACAAAUCACAGGUGGAAAAACUAACAGAGGAUAAUGAAGAGUUGAAAGAAAAGAUGAAACAGGACAAGGAUUUAUGGGAGAAGAAAGAAAUAGAGCUACAAUCUGAGCUGGCCUCAGUGAGGAAGGCUCACGCCGAUCUCAAGUUUGUCCUCGAGUCCUAUCAGAUCCGAACUCAAGUAGAGCAAGACGUCAUAAAGGAGAGACAUUUACAAGUUGUAAAGACAAUAACAACACCUAAGAAAGUGGUGAAAAGACUGAGGAGUAGAGAGAUAUGUGCCCCAUGCUCCAACAACAGCACUCCCACCCUGAAUGACACGAUCCCCUUUGAGGAGAACGAGGGGAUAUUUGAGCAAUCAGAACCUGAGGCCAUGACAGAGGAGUACCAGGAGGGGCUGAUUGAGGAGAUCAAACAGCUACAGGAUCAGAACAGCUCUUUGAAUCAACGUAUAAUGGACAUGGAAACAGAAACUAUACAGCUACGACAACAUAUCUCUAAAGUGGAUCACCAGAAUGCCAAGCUUACAGAGAUUCUUGAAAGAGAGAGGGCUUCAUUAAGUGAGACUACAGAGAAGAUGAGUAAACUCUCUAAAACCUUUAGUCAAGAUUUGGAAGAGGAAAAAAUUAAAUGCCUAACCUUUGAAAGUGAAAAUAGAGAUCUAAAAGUUAUUCUGCGACAAACUGAGAAAGAAUUGGAAGAUUACAAAAUGAGAUGCAGGUCUCAGGAAAGUGCUGUUCAAAGCCAGGCCGGAGAAUUUGAAGAUAAGAUUGGUGCUCUUGGUAUAGAAGUAGAAAAACUCCAAAGAAUAAAUGAAGAAAUAGAGGAAGAAAAUCAAAAUUUGAAGGAAAGGCUGAUUACAGUACAGGAAACUUUAGACUACAGAGAAUGUCAGGUCCAGGACUUAGAGGAGGCCAUAUCUGAUCUACAGAAACAGAAGCAAGAGCUCCAGAUCCAAAUUCAGGAAAAUCUUAAUCAAUCUGACAUCAAUUUAAAAGACAAGAAUAAGUUGUUUCAUGAGCUGGAAACAGCUAGACAUGAACUGAUUUCACUGAAAGAAAAUAUGGAGAAGAGGGACGAAGAGCAGAGAACUCUCACAACAGAAAUUCAACAUUUAGAGAAGAUAAACGCAGAGAACCAGGAAGCAUUAUCAACAUUUAUGAAGAAAAUUGAAGAGAAGAACAUGGAGCUAUCUAAUAUGAAGGAUGCAUUAGACACACAGGUGCAGAAGGGGGAGGAGCUUCAGGGUUAUCUGGAUGAAAAAGAGGGCAGGAUUUGUGAGCUGGAAACUAGGAAUAAUCUACUAGUGAAUGAAAGUGAAAGCAAGGCUGAUAAGAUUUCAACACUGCAAGAAGAACUGGACCAAGCUCAAGAAAACCUCCAUAGUUUUGCAUCAGAACAUGAGAAAAUUGAAAAAGAAAUGGCUACUUUGAAAAAAUUACUGGAGACAAAAGAUAUAGAAUUGGCAGUGCUUCAUGAAGAGAAGUCGAAUCUUGCCAUAGAGCUUUCCUCCACAAAGGCUGAGCAGUGUCGUGAAGUUAUUGCUCAGCAGGCCUGUGUUAUUGAGGACUACAAAGAACAACUCAAUCUACUGAAGAACUCAGAGAUGUCCGUGCACCAGGAAUCUCAGGAAAUAGACAGAUUAAUGAGACACAGUCCCCUGGCACACAGACUGAUUUGCAGAGAGAAGAGAGUACACGAUGUUGACAAAGAAAACCAGUCUCCUCUAAAAAAGUUCAUGUCUCCAGUUCUCAGAUUAAAGGACAUCGAACAAAACAAAAACAGACUCUCUUCAUCAGAAUCCUUAAACAACACAGAGAAUGGAUUGUUUUCUCCAAUAAAAAGAAAGCCCGCACUCUCGGAAGAUCUCGUACAUAGUGAUAGAAGUACUCAGUUGUCAGAAGAUUUUACAGACGAUAGUCAGAUGGAUCUGGACCAAGCUUUUGUAACAGCACACACUAUGCAGGCAUAUGUGUCUAAAACCCAAGAAAAGGAAUCUGAAAGUGUUUGAUAUGAGCUUGUUUGAGAAGAUUGUGAGAAAUUUGAAUGCAUGAUACAUUGUACUUGGUGAGGGCAAUGUUAGGAGGAUUCAAUGUUAACUGCUUUAUUAUAUUAUUACAAGAGAUUUUAGUUAGAAUAUUGUUUUUAUGAUGUAGUUUAUAUACAGUAUAUUAACAUAAUGAAUGCUGUUCUUUAAAAAUGAACAUUGUGAUUGUUUCAUACAGUGCAUAUUGUGCAGUAUCAAUGAAACUUAUGAUGUAAUUUUAAAAACCCAAUGAAUUCACAGGGGUACACCUGAAUAUAUAUCUAAUGCAUAAUUAUAUAUACAAAUAUAUCUUCACAAGAAGUAUGGUAGAAUAAAUAAUGUAAAAGAAA